UCUGCGGCACGGCUUCCGAAACCUAACAGAACCAGUCUCAGUAACAGUAGCCGAGACCUCACGUGCAGUAAAGUGAGCCAAUCUCUAAGUCCCCUUUCUCAAAGUAUCUGUCGUCCCAGAAAUUGAGGCGAUCAUCCAACCAACGCUAGAGGCCAUAGCGCAUGUGAGCGCUUCCUUUUGCCACCAUUAAUGCCGAUCUCUGUACAUCUUUUCCUUCCUUUUCAUAUUGAUAGAAGUCCCUUUGGUUGUUGCCUCUGACAGACUGGUGCUUCUCAUCAUCCCCCACUCCCCAUCUUUAAAGUCUUCUCCGCCCUUUGUCCUCUGUUGUUCCGCCAAAAAAUGAAGAGAUUGGAGUUAUCGCCAUGGAGGUAUUUAUUGUGGAAUUCAAUUUUCCACGCUGGCUCAUCACGGGUGGUGGUACUGUCAUGAGCAUUGCCCCUCAUAUGCUACUGAAUCGGGAUCCUUUAUAACAGAGGGAAAGAGACGUUGGGAGAGGCUACCUUUUACAAGUGGAAUGGUGGCCAUUGGAGUGGAACCAUUGUUCUGAAAUUAGUGCAGAGAACAUGGGUUCUUGCUUCGGUGGUCUGGUUUCCAUAGUGGUAGUGCUGGUUCUUCUGGGAUUUGGUGGGAUUUCUUGUGUUUUGGGAGACAGUCCAGUGUUUGCUUGCGAUGCAGGGAAGAAUCGGGAUGUGGGUUCUUUUAGGUUCUGUGAUGCUUCGUUGGAUAUAGAGGAGAGGGUAAGGGAUUUUGUGGGGAGGCUGACAUUGGUGGAGAAGGUCGGAUUCUUGACGAGCAGGAGCAAGGCUGUUGACAGGCUUGGAGUUCCUAGCUACGAGUGGUGGUCUGAGGCCUUACAUGGUGUUUCCAAUGUCGGCCCUGGCACGCGUUUCUCUAGCCUUGUUCCUGGCGCUACCAGUUUUCCGAUGCCCAUUCUCUCUGCUGCAUCCUUUAACACCUCUCUGUGGAGGAAAAUGGGGAAGGUGGUUUCGACUGAAGCUCGUGCCAUGUACAAUGUUGGUUUAGCAGGACUAACGUUCUGGAGCCCAAAUAUUAACAUAUUUAGAGAUCCAAGAUGGGGAAGAGGACAAGAAACUUCUGGUGAAGACCCUUUUCUUACUAGUAAAUAUGCCAUCCAUUAUGUGAAAGGCUUGCAGCAGAUCGACAGCGGCCACCCGGAUCGGCUGAAAGUUGCUGCUUGCUGUAAGCACUAUACUGCAUACGAUGUAGAUAAUUGGAAAGGAGUUGAACGCUACACUUUCAACGCUCAGGUUACCAAACAGGAUUUGGAAGACACAUUUCAGCCCCCAUUUGAAAGCUGUGUGAUUGACGGCCAUGUUGCCAGCGUCAUGUGUUCUUACAAUCAAGUGAAUGGGGUUCCAACCUGUGCUGAUCCAAACCUUCUAGCGGGAACUGUGAGAGGCGAAUGGAAGCUUAACGGUUACAUUGUAUCCGAUUGCGAUUCGGUCCAGGUGCUAUAUAGUUCUCAGCACUACACCAAGACUCCAGAAGAAGCUGCAGCAAAAACACUAAUGGCAGGAUUGGAUCUCAACUGUGGACCAUUUCUUGGAGACCAUACUGAGGCAGCCGUCAAGUCCGGAAUUUUAAAUGAAUCGGCCGUCGACGGCGCCGUCACUAACAAUGUCAGGGUCCUGAUGAGGCUAGGAUUUUUCGAUGGAGAUCCGAGCAAGCAGCCAUACGGAAAUCUUGGUUCCGGAGAUGUCUGCACUGCUAAGAACCAGGAAUUAGCGGCAGAAGCUGCAAGGCAGGGCAUAGUUUUACUGAAAAACACAGAUGGGUCUUUACCGUUGUCCCCCGCCAAAAUCAAAACUUUGGCAGUGAUUGGACCAAACGCCAAUGCUACCAAAACCAUGAUUGGAAACUACGAAGGUAUCCCUUGCAAAUAUGUUUCUCCCCUUGAAGGCCUAUCUGCUUAUACUUCGAUCGUCUAUGAAGCUGGUUGCCUCACUGCAUUGUGUCCACCGAGCAGCUUUCAGUCAGGGUCUGCAGUAAAAGCAGCAUCAGCAGCAGAUGCCACAGUCUUGAUCAUGGGCGCGGAUCAAUCAGUUGAGGCCGAGACCCGUGACAGGAUCAACCUAACACUUCCCGGCCAGCAACAGCGGCUCAUCGUAGAAGUUGCAAAGGCAUCCAAGGGCCCAGUGGUUCUAGUCAUAAUGUCGGGCGGACCCUUCGAUAUUUCAUUCGCGAAAGCUUCUGACAAGAUCAGUAGCAUUCUUUGGGUUGGAUAUCCUGGUGAAAAGGGAGGGACUGCUAUUGCUGAUGUCAUUUUUGGGCGGUACAAUCCAUGUGGAAGGCUGCCGGUGACAUGGUACCCUCAAUCAUUCGCGGAUAACGUCCCCAUGACAAACAUGAACAUGAGGCCUGACCCUUCAACGGGCUACCCUGGUCGAACUUACAGAUUUUACACAGGCGAAGCAGUUUAUUCAUUUGGUGAUGGGUUGAGCUAUAGUCAGUACAACCAUGUUCUUGUUCGUGCACCCAAUUCUGUUUCUUUGGCGCUGGAAAGUGGACAUCCAUGCUUCUCUCAGGAAUGUGAAGCUGUGGACAUGGCAGAGAACGUUUGCCAAGAACUGGCCUUUGAUAUUCAUCUCAAGGUUCAGAACGUUGGGAGCAUGCAUGGAAGCCAUACUGUUUUCCUUUUCUUUACUCCACCUUCGCUGACAGGCAAAUCACCCAAGAAACAGCUUAUCGGAUUUGAGAAAGCUUACGUGAUUUCGAAGGGCGAGGAGCUGGUUCAGUUUCAAGUGAAUGUCUGUAAAGAUUUAGGCACUGUAAACGAGCUUGGCGAGCGAAAGUUGCUGCUGGGUUCACAUGUUCUUCAAGUAGGUAGCUUAAGUCAUUCUUUGAUUGUAAGAACAUGAAUUGCAUUGACAUGGACCUGGAGAUCAAAUCAAAGCUUGCUAACAAGCUUUAACAUUCAGUCUCCAUGGCGAAUAAGUACAAUUUCCAAAAUAAAAGGGAAGUUAAAAUCA